AUGGCGCUCCCGGCGUGGUGGAGCUCGGACCUGCCCGACCUCGUGUCGCGCCGCGACAGCAUGCCCAGCGUCGACCGCUGGCAGACGUCGUACGUGCGCUACAAGACGCAGCCCGAGGCGUACGUCUGCCAGGCCGGCUGGGAGCUCGCGACCAGCCGCAAGUUCGCGGAGAAGCUCGCGCAGGAGGAGAGCGCGUUCACGGAGGACACGCUCCUGUACAAUGGCCUCGCGCCCUGCAAGGUUUCGCUGCGCAUAGUGGACGCGCCGGCAGAGUACGCGGUGCCGGUCAAACAGGACAGGCGCCUGACCCCCAACUUCAAGGUGCGGGUGGACGUCCAGUUCCAGGACCGCUGCAGCUUCCCGCUGACCCUCAAGGCUUACAUAAUCAGCCAGCAGGAGAAGGACAGCGUCCCGGAGUGGGUGCCAGAGGACUUCCUGGACCCGGACGCCCCGCCGCAGCCGCGGCAGGCGGCCGCGCCGGGCGCCGGCGGCACGGAGCUGCGGCCGCCCCGUCGGCGGCGUGGCGCUGUCACCUUCUGCCCCCCCUCCGCGCGCAAGCCCAUCACGGAGCUGAAAGGCAACGUGUGCGUGACCCACAACUUUGACGGCUCCGCGGAGGACCACGUGGGUGGCCUUGUGGGGUGUGUGUGUCCGUGA